AUGGGAUUGUUUUACACCAAAUUUUUGCCAAAACUUGGUUAACACUAUGCCCCAAAAAAUUUCAGCCGUAAUAAAAAAUAAUGUACCCAAUGGUAAUCUUUCAAUUGUUGCUUUGUUGACUUCGCGCAUUUAUUCGCACAUUGUUUAUUUGUUCAGAUGUUCUAUUAGUUAUAGGCCUAAGUGAUUUUAAAUAUGUAUUUUUUACAACUAGAGUGUCUCUAAAGUAUUUUUGAGUAAAUAAAAUGUUUUAGAAGUAAAUAGUAAGUAAAUGGGUCAAUAGUCUCCAUGGUGGUAACCUAGUCCAAAUUUGUUUUUGUUUUUUUCCUUCUUGAUGAGGCAAAACCUUGUUUGGGUGCAAGGAAGCCUUGGGCGUGUGUGGUACCGAAUCAGUAGGCGACAACCAAUGAUACGAGUGCUUAGAAUUCUAAUUUUUCAUCGCAGAAUAACAACCGAUUAAGAAAUGGUUCAUUAGCGUUGCGUGAAAUAUUUGCUGAACUAAUGGUAAGUCGACUUAAUUUCUGAUGAAGAUGCAAACGAAAAGUUUCAGGACUCACUCUGAACAUUUCUGCAAGUUCUUGGCACGUUGUCCUGGAACUUUCAUCCACAACCUGUCGAAGAUCCUCGUUGUUCAUGAUUUUUGGUCUCCCUGAGCGCG